CUGAAGUACAGCAUUUCCUUCAAUUAUGAAUGUAUUUCUUGUGGUCGCAUUCAUAUACCAGUUUUAGGAAGGCUUGGGACUUUUGAAACUCAGAUUCUGCGAACAGCUCCUCUUAGAUCCUUUACAGAAACACCAGCAUUCUUUGCCUCAAAAGAUGGGAUAAAUAAAGAUGGUUCUGGAGAUGGAAAUAAGAAAUCAGUGAAUGAGGGAAGCAGUAAAAAAUCAGGCUCUGGGAAUUCUGGGAAAGGUGGAAACCAGCUGCGCUGUCCUAAAUGUGGUGACUUGUGCACACAUGUGGAGACCUUCGUGUCAUCCACCCGUUUUGUCAAGUGUGAAAAAUGUCAUCAUUUUUUUGUUGUACUAUCUGAAGCAGAUUCAAAGAAAAGCAUAAUUAAAGAACCUGAAUCAGCAGCAGAAGCUGUAAAAUUGGCAUUCCAACAGAAACCACCUCCUCCCCCUAAGAAGAUUUAUAACUACCUCGACAAGUAUGUUGUGGGUCAGUCAUUUGCUAAGAAGGUGCUUUCAGUUGCUGUGUACAAUCAUUAUAAGAGAAUAUAUAAUAAUAUCCCAGCUAAUCUGAGACAGCAAGCAGAAGUUGAGAAGCAGACAUCAUUAACACCUAGAGAGUUAGAAAUAAGAAGACGGGAGGAUGAGUACAGAUUUACAAAAUUGCUUCAGAUAGCCGGAAUUAGCCCACAUGGUAAUGCUUUAGGAGCAUCAAUGCAGCAACAGGUAAAUCAACAAAUACCUCAAGAAAAACGAGGAGGUGAAGUAUUGGAUUCUUCUCAUGAUGACAUAAAACUUGAGAAAAGUAAUAUUUUGCUGCUUGGACCAACUGGGUCAGGCAAAACCCUGCUGGCACAAACCCUAGCUAAAUGCCUUGAUGUCCCCUUUGCUAUCUGUGACUGUACGACUUUGACUCAGGCUGGAUAUGUAGGUGAAGAUAUUGAAUCUGUGAUUGCCAAACUGCUCCAAGAUGCCAAUUACAAUGUGGAAAAAGCACAACAAGGAAUUGUCUUUCUGGAUGAAGUAGAUAAGAUUGGCAGCGUGCCAGGCAUUCAUCAAUUACGGGAUGUAGGUGGAGAAGGCGUUCAGCAAGGCUUAUUAAAACUACUAGAAGGCACAAUAGUCAAUGUUCCAGAGAAGAACUCCCGAAAGCUACGUGGAGAAACAGUACAAGUUGAUACAACAAACAUUCUGUUUGUUGCAUCUGGUGCUUUCAAUGGUUUAGACAGAAUCAUCAGCAGAAGGAAAAAUGAAAAGUAUCUUGGAUUUGGGACCCCGUCUAAUCUGGGAAAAGGCAGAAGGGCUGCAGCUGCUGCAGAUCUUGCUAAUCGAAGUGGGGAAUCAAAUACACAUCAAGACAUCGAAGAAAAAGAUCGAUUAUUACGUCAUGUGGAAGCCAGAGAUCUCAUUGAAUUUGGCAUGAUUCCUGAGUUUGUGGGACGGUUGCCUGUGGUAGUUCCGUUGCAUAGCCUAGAUGAGAAAACACUUGUACAAAUACUAACUGAGCCACGAAAUGCUGUUAUUCCUCAGUACCAGGCCUUAUUCAGCAUGGAUAAGUGUGAACUGAAUGUUACUGAGGAUGCUUUGAAAGCUAUAGCCAGAUUGGCACUAGAACGAAAAACAGGGGCACGAGGCCUUCGGUCCAUAAUGGAAAAACUGUUACUAGAACCAAUGUUUGAAGUCCCUAAUUCUGAUAUUGUAUGUGUGGAGGUUGACAAAGAAGUAGUAGAAGGAAAAAAGGAACCAGGAUACAUCCGGGCUCCAACAAAAGAAUCUUCUGAGGAAGAGUAUGACUCUGGAGUUGAAGAAGAAGGAUGGCCUCGCCAAGCAGAUGCUGCAAACAGCUAAACUAUUCACUUGCCAUCCUGUAUAUAAAGCUUUUCCUUCUUUAUUUAGGAUAACUGCCUUUGCAGUCUGAUAUUAAAGGCAUUGGAUCUACCUUGGAUGUCAUACAUGGUCAGAGAAGUCUUUAGGAUAAGAAUCAGAUCAUGUAUAUUAUUGUAACAUCACAUUGAUUUAUACAGAGGACAUUAUGUGGACUUUAAUGACACAGUGUUUAGAGAUAAAAUGUACAUUAUUUUGGUUCCAUUUUUUAAAAAUGCUUUAACAAAAUUCUUAGGAAUUCUUUUAAGCAAUGCAGGUAUUGCAAUAACUGUGGAUUUUACAAUAAUGUUGCUCUACAAAUGGGAAAAUAAAUUCUUUAAAAUUGAAUAUUG